AUGCCAUACAUUGACAGUGACAUCCCUGCCCUUACAGAGGAGCAGAAGCAAUUCUGGCUCGAGCAUGGCUAUAUCAAGAUUCCACAAUGCUUCUCGCGGGAGAAGUCUGACGCUUUCACAUCUACUGUCUGGACACGACUAGGUGCCGAUCCAAAUGACAAGUCUACAUGGCCGCCGGACAAGAUGAACAUGCCCGGCCACUCUGCCGUCUCGGCCAAGGAAUUUGCGCCUAAGGCUUGGGCGGCGAUGUGUGAACUGGUGGGUGGCGAGGAGAAGGUGUCGGAUUGGUGUCGAGACUGGAAGGACGGGUGGAUAGUGAAUCUUGGCAAACCGGAGUUCAAGCCUGAAGACCCGCUGGAGUUUCGGACGUUGGACAACUGGCAUAACGACGGUGACUGGUUUACCCACUUUCUAGACAGUCCUGAGCAGGCUCUCUUGGUCAUCCCGCUGUUCUCGGAUAUCAAGCCGAAGGGUGGCGGCACCGUGUUGUGUACGGAUGGGAUCAAACUGGUUGCCGAGCGGCUGUACGACCACCCACAAGGCAUGACGCCGUUCCUGAUGCCUCGAGGUAGUCCAGAUAUUCCCAAGACCAACCCAGAACGCCGGAGGAUUUGGCGAGAGUGGGCUACGAAUCCAGCCAAAACUCGCGAUGCGAGCUUCGUCGAGGCCACAGGUGAGAUUGGAGAUGUCUACAUUCUCCAUCCAUUCAUGCUGCACUCUGCCUCUCGUAAUCUGCGACGCGAUAUCCGCAUCAUCACGAAUCCGCCAGUGUCGCUCAAAGAGCCGUUUAAUUAUGAUGGCAAGAAUCCAAGUUUGGUCGAGAAGAAGACACUUCGAGAUCUAGGUCAUCCUGAAGGCAUUCCAGACUGGAAGAUCACCGAACCACGAGAGAGAAUCAUUCCUGAUCGUGUUAGAGAGCAGAUGGCGAUGAAGCAGAAGGAGCUGGAGAGGUUGAAGGCACAAGGCGUUGCCUUGAACAGCGUUGACGGAGCCAAGGAGCAUACCUCUUACUACCCGUCGUAA